AUGGAGAAUGAUGUGUCCCCUCUAGCUGAUGAAGGAUGUGCAGAGUUUUCAGAUGGAACCAAGCAUUCUGUAAGAAGUUCUGGAGACAUACACCUUACUAACAAAAUAUGUCUUACUAAUAUGUUGCAUGUAUCUGAUUUGAAGUUUAACUUGCUUUAUGUCAGUAAGCUUUGCAAUACUUCUAGCAUUAGGUUUAAAUUCUAUCCAUCCUAUUGUGUUAUGCAAGACCACAAGGCUAAAGAAGUGGUUGCAGUAGGAUGCAUGUUAGGAAGACUUUAUCACCUCAAGAAACAAUCUUUUGACAAGAAAUUUAUAAAUAGAAUGAUGAAUUACAACAAGGAAUAUGGUCUUAGUACAUCCACAGUCACUUUUGAAACAUGGCAUAGGAAACUAAGACAUAUUUCUCAAAAUAGAAUGAUGCAUAUUGGCUUGAUACGUGGGAAUAAAACUGAAGCUUCAACCUGUGAGGAACCAAGGUCAUUUACACAAGCUAAUCAGAUAAAGGAAUGGAGAGAAGCAAUGUCAGAUGAACUAGAAGCUUUAGAAAGAAAUAACACAUGGAGAAUAACAAAAUUACCUCAACGACAUUCAGAAGAAAUCAUUGCAGACAUCAAACUCUAUUUGGACAAAUUAUUCACCAUCAAAGAUCUUGGUCCAGCAAGGUAUUUUCUAGGACUGGAGAUUGCAAGAUCAAAUGGAGGACUUACUAUCACUCAAGCCAAGUAUACCAGAGAUAUAAUACAAGACUCACAAGCCAAGGAAACAAGCAUUCCACUACCAUCACGUGUUAAACUCACAGCAUUUGCAGGAAAACCACUACCUAAUCUUGAAGCUUACAGAAGGCUACUAGGAAGGCUGUUGAUCUAG